CGCAACCGAAAAAUACAUAAGCAUCGUCAGACCCCACAUAGUGAAAAGACGACAGCCAUGUCCGUUUAGGGGAAGGUAGGUGUAAUUUGGCUGCACGUUUCUGAGCGCACUUUUCUCCAUCGGUAGUAUUGUUUCUUCUUUGUCCCGGAAAUCGGCUUGACUCGCCAGCACGACAACGGUUGGGCAAAGAGAUGGGUGAACCGGAGAAUGUUGCGGGCUUGAGGGCGCAACUGGACGCUCUCAAGUUUCAGGGUGCCAGUGCUAUGCGAGAGUUCGAGACUGUUACUGCAAAAUAUGGCAAGGUACUGGGCCAAAGUACCGAAAGCUAUGAACAGCUACUCGCAAAGUACGCAGCCUUACAACAGAGUUACGAGCAAGUCAAGGUGGCCGCCGAAGGGGAUGGAUCUGCAGAUCCGUAUGUAAUUGUGCUUAUUGAUGCACACAGCCAUAAGUUCAGGGGUGACCUUGUGCGUGGCAUGAACAAUGGCGGAUCUCAAGCAGCAAAAUUACUUACGGAAGCGGUGAGGCAGUAUCUUCCCAAAACCAAAAAAUAUCGCCUCGUGGUACGGGUCUAUGCCAAUAUGAAGGGUCUCUCUCAGGAAGCUUUCAAGGCUGGGGUUUUGCAGAACAAUCAAGGGGGACGUUCUUUGAGCGCGUUCGCCGUGGGCUUCUCGCGUGAAGACACCCUUUUCGACUUCACCGACGUGGGAGAUCAAGCGAUUGUGGAAGCCAAGAUCGUGGAGAUGUUCAAACUCCACGUCAAAAGCCCUCAAUGCAAGGCUGUUCUUCUAGGCGCUUGUUGCAGCUCAGGAUAUAUGCGUGUGCUAGAGGCAUACUCACUCUUUUACGAAAAGGUUUCUCUUAUCCAAGGAAAAUCUCUCGAUCCCGGAAUUAUGCAACUACCAUUGAAAAAGGUGGCAUUCUCGCAAGUGUUCUGUUCCGCAAAUCCAAACGGCGCCCCCGUAGAAUUACCUGCCGAAGUCCCUACAAACAUCUUAAAAACGGAAAUCUGUUGGGCAUUUCAAAAGGAAGGUUGUUUCCGACACAACUGCAAAUUCAAACACGUCGAGAUUGGCCCGAAUCCUCAAGCACCCGCAUUCGUUCCAACCAACGCUCCUCCAUCCCCUAUCCCCAAGCGAAUUCGCACGCCCAAACCACCUGCCGUCAGCGCCGAAGCGCGCUCGCGGAAUACCAGAUCCCCACUGCAAAAAUCCAUAUUUGCUACGCACCUUCCCCGGCAAGGCAUCACGGGCAAAAUCCCCAUAAACGCUGCCGCCGAGCGUCUGGAUUUAUACAUGAAGGCCCCUACGAGUGCGCAAUGGGCCGCUUACGAAGAACGCAUGUACACCAAAAAACCCUGCAACGCCUAUCACUUGCACGACGCGUGCGACCGGAACCCAUGCCCAGACGACCACGCGCCAGUAAGCCCGGAUGUGUACUAUUGUCUGCAGUACGUGCUACGCGGCUUCCCGUGCGAGAAGGGAGGGAGGUGUAGGUUGCUGCUUUGCUACAGUGGACAUGUGUGCCAGAGUGACGAGUGUGUGCCGAUGAAGCAUGAUGAGUGCACGAUGCCGGCUAGCAUGCACGAUAUGGAUUUGACGCUUGUCGAUUGGGUGCAACCUGAGAUGCCGAAGAUCGAUUGGGCCGAAGAGAGUGAGCAGGCGGCGGCGAUGAAUGGGAGGUGGGAGAGUCACGAUGCGCCGUUGAUUGAUCUUCUAGCUUAGUCGGGGAAGACGGAAAGGAGGUCCAGGGGCCGACAGCGCGCUAUUGAUGUGAGUGUAUGUGUGUACGUGUGAGAUAUGUGAAUGUACAGAUAUACACAUACAGUACAAGACUGUCUUCAACAGACAGACACAUACGUACAGUACAAAACUGUCUUCAACAGACAGUCACCUAUUCGGUAUGCUCCAGGCACAACAUAUAUAAGCAGAAUAAAAUGGACUGCC